GGAGGAUGGAGAACUGGAGGAAGGAGAGCUGGAGGAUGACGGAGGGGAGGAAGCGCAGGAUCCCUCGGAAUCUCAAGAAAGAAAUCGGAAGGAAAAAGGAGAGAAACAUCACAGUGAUUCCGACGAUGAGAAAGCCCAUCGCCGGAUGAAACGCAAACGUCGGAAAGAAAGAGAGAAAGAGAAAAGGAGAUCCAAGAAAAAAAGAAAAUCCAAACACAAGCGCCACGCUUCUUCCAGCGAUGAUUUCUCCGAUUACAGCGAGGAUUCGGACUUCAGUCCCAGCGAAAAGGGACACAGAAAAUACCGGGAGUACAGCCCCCCCUACUCCUCCUCCCACCAGCAGUACCCGUCCUCUCACGGCGCUCCCAUGCCGAAGAAGAGCUACUCGAAAAUGGAGAGCAAAACUUACGGCAUGUACGAGGACUACGAAAACGAGGAGUACGGGCAGUACGAGGGCGAGGAGGAUGAAGAUAUGGGCAAGGAAGAUUAUGACGACUUUGCAAAAGAGUUGAACCAAUACCGGCGAGCGAAAGAAGGCUCCCACCGCGGCCGAGGCGGUCGCGGCCGAGGCAGAGGAUACCGAGGGCGAGGCGGACGAGGAGGAAUGCGAGGAGGCCGAGGCAUGGGUCGAGGAAACCGCGGGCGAGGAAGAGGCGAUCACCCCGAGGACGAGGAGGAGAUGUACGACGAAGAGAUGGAAUAUUGUGAUAACGAGGAGCCCAUCGGCGACGAUGAAUACGACGAUUAUUCCAAAGAAUUGAAUCAGUAUCGCAGGAGUAAGGAAAAUCGCGGAAGGGGUUUAAAUCGAGGCCGUGGUCGCGGUCCCAGAGGAAGAGGAAAUAAAGGAAUGGGCAGAGGACGAGGAAGAGGUGGAAACAGAAGCGGGAUGGGGAAAGGUGGCGGAAUGAACGAUGACGACGAUUAUUACGACGACGACAUGGGAGACGGAGGAGGUGGUGGAAAUUACCGGCGGAACGACCACGAUAAACUUCACCAGCAAUCGGAUAAGAAAGGGAAAGUCAUCUGCAAAUAUUUUGUGGAAGGCAGAUGUACCUGGGGCGACCACUGCAAUUUCAGCCACGAUAUCGAAUUACCAAAGAAACGAGAACUUUGCAAAUUCUACAUCACCGGUUACUGCGCCAGGGCUGAAAACUGCCCUUACAUGCACGGGGAUUUUCCUUGCAAGCUCUUCCACACCACGGGCAACUGCAUCAACGGGGACGACUGCAUGUUCUCCCACGAUCCGCUGACGGAGGAGACGCGGGAGCUGCUGGAUAAGAUGUUGGCGGAUGACGCAGAAGCGGGCGCAGAGGAUGAAAAAGAAGUCGAAGAGCUGAAAAAACAAGGAAUUAAUCCUCUCCCUAAACCACCCCCUGGCGUCGGUUUGCUUCCGACGCCUCCUCGACCUCCCGGACCUCCCGCUCCGACGUCUCCGAACGGGAGACCGAUGCCCGGCGGUCCUCCUCCUCCGCCGCCGCUUCCGCCGCCGGGUCCUCAGAUGCCGCCGCCGAUGCACGAACCUCUCUCGCCGCAGCAGUUGCAACAGCAACAAGACAUGUACAAAAAAAUUCCCUCGUUAUUCGAAAUCGUCGUCCGACCCACUGGGCAGCUGGCGGAGAAACUGGGCGUCAGGCACCCAGGUCCGCCUCCCCCCAGGUUCCCCGGCCCCGGAGGCCCCCCAGGACCGAUGCAGGGCCCCAUGCACCCCGAUAUGCACCCCGAUAUGCACCCGGACAUGCAUCCUGACAUGCACCCCGACAUGCACCCCGAUAUGCACCCUGACAUGCACCCCGACAUGCACCCGGACAUGCCGAUGGGUCCGGGAAUGAACCCCGGCCCCCCCAUGGGUCCCGGUCCCCCCAUGAUGCCCUACGGACCCGAUGAUUCCCCGCAUUCUGGAAUGAUGCCACCUGGACCACCUCCGCAAGGAUUUUACGAUAAUUUUUACCAACAAGAAGGUUUGGAAAUGGAUCACGGAAUGAUGGGAGAUCCAGACGACUACGGCGGAUACGAGGAUAUGGAAGGACCCCCGGGAGAGCACAUGUAUCCCGAUCCCUCCUUGGAUCACGACGCUUUAUGCGAAGGAGUUCCUCCCGGUUUACCCAAACCUCCGGGCAACAUUCCCGAUUUUCUGCCGUCGGCGCAACGAGCUCUUUAUUUGCGAAUCCAACAAAAACAACAAGAGGAAGAGGAGAGAGCGCGGAGACUCGCCGAGAGCAGUAAGCAAGACCGCGAGAAUGAGGAAGGCGAUACCGGGAAUUGGUAUUCCAGCGACGAAGACGACGGCGGAAGCAGCGUCACCUCCAUUUUGAAAACUUUACGCCAACAAAGCUCCGGCAGACCCCACGGGGAAAUCGGUCCCCCUUCCGCCGUCAGCGAUCCCCGUCUCCAAAAACCCCCAACGGGAGGGAGCGGUCGUCCCGCCGAUCCGCGUUUACGGGAUCCACGCCUUUCCCGGAACGCCGAUCUUUCCCUCCCGGCUCUCCCCGGGGAUUCGGGACCUACCGAUCCCCGGUUGGUGCGACACAUUCCCUCCUCCGUUCCCAAACCAGAAAUUUCUCAUUCCGGCGGCGUCGGCGGGCAGAAACCCCCCUUGCUUCCCGACGAAGAGGAAGGAGAAAGAAUUUUACGGGAUAAAGCCAUCAACAUCCCGUUGGAUUCUCUCCCGGGUCAUUCCCUGCGGGAUCCUCGCUCUCAACUCCAGCAAUUCAGUCACAUCAAAAAAGACGUCGUCCUCCACAAACCCAAUUUCGCUCGGAUGAUUCUUUGGAGUCCGGAGGAUUUAAUUCCCCUCCCGAUUCCAAAACAAGAAUUUAUUCCCGUUCCGGCUGCUCUUCAAUCCAUGUCUAACCUCGAUCCGCGACUUAACAGAUCCCAAACGGCUCUUUCCGAUCCCAGGCAAAGAGGAGGAACGCCGGCGGGAGACUCCGGUUCUUCUUCGGGUGCCGGUCUCCCCGAUUUUGAGCUUUUAUCGAGAAUUUUAAAAACUGUAAAAAAAAGCAGUCCGUCGUCUCCCAACCAAAGCGACAACCCCAGCGAUCCCCGGAUGCGCAAACCUCCCGCCGAUCCCCGCUUACAAAAAUCCACCGAAACGGGAAUUUCUCGAAUUCCUAAAACAACCGAGACGCCAUCCGUCGGCGACGCCGGCCCGGCGAUCGCACCGUACGAUCCUCGGUUGUUAAAUAAAGGCAGCGGGCAGAGCAGCGUGCUCAGCGCCAUCAGUUUGUACGAUCCCAGGACUCCGAAUUCGAGUGGAAAAUCCUCGGAAUCUCCUCCCGAUGGAUCUUCAUCCUCUAACAAAUCUUCCGAAUCCACCAAAACCACCGGUAAAACCAAGGAACCCCUUUUCGUUCGCCGAUCGGCGUUAGAUCAACCCGAAUCGGAAAAAACGAGCGUCGAAUCCGCUACGGACAGAUAUAAUAGUUAUAACCGACCUCGUCCAAAACCAACCGUUUCAUCCCAAGAAAUAAAUCCCCAACCCGCCGUCCACAAUCUUCCCGUUCCUUCCGUUUACGGAAUGGUUAAACCGGGAGGAGGAAAAUCCGGUACCGGAAGCCCGUUCGCAGGGAAUAGUCCGGCACAAGAUGGCGACCAACAAGACGCCGCGUCCCUAAAAGAUGUUUUUAAGGGUUUCGAUCCUACGGCUUCUCCGUUUUGUCAAUAG